GGCGCUAACAUGGCGGCGCCCAGCGGCGUCCACCUGCUCGUGCGCGGAGGUUGUCACAGAAUUUUCUCUUCACCACUCAGUCAUAUCUACUUACACAAGCAGUCCAGCAGUCAACAAAGAAGAAAUUUCUUUUUCCGGAGACAAAGAGAGAUUUCCCACAGUGUAGUUUUGCCAGCUGCAGUUUCUUCAGCUCACCCAGUCCCUGAGCACAUAAAGAAGCCAGACUAUGUGACGACAGGCAUUGUGCCCGACUGGGGAGACAGCAUAGAAGUUAAGAAUGAAGAUCAGAUUCAAGGGCUUCGUCAGGCUUGUCAGCUGGCGCGACAUGUCCUCCUCCUGGCUGGGAAGAGUUUAAAGGUUGACAUGACAACUGAAGAGAUAGAUGCUCUUGUCCAUCAGGAAAUCAUCAGUCAUGAUGCUUAUCCCUCACCUCUAGGCUAUGGAGGUUUUCCAAAAUCUGUUUGUACCUCUGUAAACAACGUGCUCUGUCAUGGUAUUCCUGACAGCCGACCUCUUCAGGAUGGAGAUAUUAUCAACAUUGAUGUCACGGUCUAUUACAAUGGCUACCAUGGAGACACCUCGGAAACGUUUUUGGUGGGCAAUGUGGAUGAAUGUGGUAAAAAGUUAGUGGAGGUUGCCAGGAGGUGUAGAGAUGAAGCAAUUGCAGCUUGCAGAGCGGGGGCUCCCUUCUCUGUAAUUGGAAACACAAUCAGCCACAUAACUCAUCAGAAUGGUUUGCAAGUCUGUCCACAUUUUGUGGGGCAUGGGAUAGGAUCUUACUUUCAUGGACAUCCAGAAAUUUGGCAUCACGCAAAUGACAGCGAUCUACUCAUGGAGGAGGGAAUGACGUUCACCAUAGAGCCAAUCAUAACGGAGGGAUCCCCUGAAUUUAAAGUCCUGGAAGAUGCCUGGACUGUGGUCUCCCUGGACAAUCAAAGGUCCGCCCAGUUCGAGCACACAGUUCUCAUCACGUCGGGGGGCGUGCAGAUCCUGACCAAACUGCCCCAGGAGGCCUGAGGAGCCGCCCGAGGGUCGCAGAGGCCGGGUGCUUUUUUUCCUAAAUUGCUGAAAUCCAGCUGGAGAACUUUUAGAAGACACAGGCGAACCGGAGAUCACGCAGUAACCAACCUAGCUUCUAGGCUUGGAAAAACCCGGUGGGGAUUGGGGGCAGUUGGGAACUCAGAUCUCAAGCUCUGCCUUGGCUGCACGGCUUCCGGGGGGACCGCGGCUCGGCUUCCCACUGCGGGAAGCGAUUCUGGGGGAGGGGGAAUGAGGAUUCUCUUGUUUGGAAGAUGAGGGAUUUCUAGAGAUGCAUGGUUUUCUCUUUUCCUUGUCUUGACUGCCCAAGU